GGAGGUUUUGGCCCUCUAACGUUCAAAGGUUACCCAUCGGAAACUUGUGGAGAAGCAAGUGAAGGAUCAUAAGACUGGAAUCCCGAAGAUCCUGACUGCUGUUCAACUUGUCCUCCAGCCCUGACAGGAAUUUGCAGACCCCGUUUUUCGGGCUAUGUCUUCAGUCCUACUCGUUGAACAACAAAAAAAGUAAAGUGUGCUAUACUUAGGCUAUUGUUCAGCUUAUAGAACUAAAAUGAAAUUUGCAAUUAUAUUCAGGAUUAUAUUUAAAUAAAAUAAAUAGAAGAGGAAUUUUACCAGACCUGCCUGAAAAACCUCAGAGUAAAAGCCCAAGAAAAAGCGGAGGCUGGUGAUGUUGGAGACCACAGAGGAAACUGGUGUUCUUUGUCCGGGUAAGGCACACAGCAUGCCAGUGUCUCACUGAUACACAUGAAGGGGAAAGUAACUGAAUGGAGGAAUGAAUGACAUUUGAUCCAAGUAGAAUUUCUGGAGCAGCUGCUGUUGCAACCGGUGUACGGAAUUGGCUUCCAAGAUGGCGGCGACCUUGUAAAAAUCCACCAUAGGGCGCCGCCAUGUUUCGCUUGGGACUGUAAGAAGUCGGUUCCCUGACGGAAUCAGAUUCCAAGAUGACAUUUUUGUGGAAGUUACAAAGUAUGUGCGACCAUAUUGCCUGUUACGACGAGGACUUGCAAGCAGCCACUGUACGGACCCGACUUACAAGGUGGUAGUGCUCUCAAAAAAGCAACAUUAUAGGUGCGACCAUGCUUCCCACGAACAUAUGAAUUCGGAAACCGUACGGACUCAUUAAUCAAGAUGGUGGCGCCUGAGGGACGUGCAAAGGCAAUAGGAGGGCGACCCAUUUGUUUGACGUUGAGCCUUCUUGUUGGGCAUGCGCAGUAGGACUACGGUGCCCGGGAAGUGCGAUCAGUAGCGGAAGUAGUUGUGGGCGCCUUUGCAACCGCCGCGGACGCCGCCGAGGUGUUUGUGCAGGUUUGCGGGACUCCAGCUGGAGUGUGAGAGUGAGCCGACAGCGGAGAUAUGGAAGGAGAUGGUUCAGACCCAGAGCAUCCAGACGCUGGGGACGACAGCAAGUCAGAGAAUGGGGAGAAUGCACCCAUCUAUUGCAUUUGCCGAAAACCGGACAUCAACUGCUUCAUGAUCGGGUGUGACAGCUGUAAUGAGUGGUUCCAUGGUGACUGCAUCCGGAUCACUGAGAAGAUGGCCAAGGCCAUCCGAGAGUGGUACUGUCGGGAGUGCCGAGAGAAGGACCCUAAGCUGGAGAUUCGCUAUCGGCACAAAAAGUCACGGGAGCGGGAUGGCAAUGAACGGGACAGCAGUGAGCCCCGGGAUGAGGGUGGAGGGCGCAAGAGGCCUGUCCCAGAUCCAGACCUGCAGCGGCGGGCAGGGUCAGGGACAGGGGUUGGGGCCAUGCUUGCUCGGGGCUCUGCUUCACCCCAUAAAUCCUCUCCACAGCCCUUGAUGGCCACACCUAGUCAGCAUCACCAGCAGCAACAGCAGAUCAAAAGGUCAGCCCGCAUGUGUGGUGAGUGUGAGGCAUGCCGACGCACAGAGGACUGUGGCAACUGUGACUUCUGCCGUGACAUGAAGAAAUUCGGGGGCCCCAAUAAGAUUCGGCAGAAGUGCCGGCUGCGCCAGUGCCAGCUUCGGGCCCGGGAAUCGUACAAGUACUUCCCUUCCUCGCUCUCGCCGGUGACGCCCUCAGAGUCCUUGCCAAGGCCCCGGCGGCCACCGCCCACUCAACAGCAGCCACAGCCAUCACAGAAGCUGGGGCGAAUGCGUGAAGACGAGGGGGCAGUGGCAUCAUCCACCAUCAAGGAACCACCUGAGGCUACAGCCACACCUGAGCCACUGUCAGAUGAGGACCUAACACUGGAUCCUGACCUGUACCAAGAUUUCUGUGCAGGAGCCUUUGAUGACCAUGGCCUGCCCUGGAUGAGUGACACAGAAGAGUCUCCGUUCCUGGACCCUGCACUUCGGAAGAGGGCAGUGAAAGUGAAGCAUGUAAAGCGUCGGGAGAAGAAGUCUGAGAAGAAGGUGAUGGAGAGGGUAAAAAGGAAGGAGGAAAGAUACAAGCGGCAUCGGCAGAAGCAGAAACACAAGGAUAAAUGGAAACACCCAGAGAGGGCUGAUGCCAAGGACCCUGCGUCACUACCACAGUGCCUGGGGCCUGGUUGUGUGCGUGCCGCUCAGCCAGGCUCCAAGUAUUGCUCAGAUGACUGUGGCAUGAAGCUGGCAGCCAACCGAAUCUAUGAGAUCCUGCCUCAGCGCAUCCAGCAGUGGCAGCAGAGCCCCUGCAUUGCUGAAGAGCAUGGCAAGAAGCUGCUAGAACGCAUUCGCCGUGAGCAGCAGAGUGCCCGCACCCGUCUUCAGGAAAUGGAGCGCAGAUUCCAUGAGCUUGAGGCCAUCAUUCUUCGAGCCAAGCAGCAGGCUGUGCGCGAGGAUGAGGAGAGCAAUGAGAAUGACAGUGAUGACACAGACUUGCAGAUCUUCUGUGUCUCUUGUGGGCACCCCAUCAAUCCCCGUGUUGCCUUGCGCCACAUGGAGCGCUGCUAUGCCAAGUAUGAGAGCCAGACGUCCUUUGGGUCCAUGUACCCCACACGCAUUGAAGGGGCCACACGACUCUUCUGUGAUGUCUAUAACCCUCAGAGCAAAACAUACUGUAAGCGGCUCCAGGUGCUAUGCCCCGAGCACUCACGGGACCCCAAAGUGCCAGCUGAUGAAGUAUGUGGGUGCCCCCUUGUACGUGAUGUGUUUGAGCUCACAGGUGACUUCUGCCGCCUGCCCAAGCGCCAGUGCAAUCGGCAUUACUGCUGGGAGAAGUUGCGGCGUGCUGAAGUGGACUUGGAGCGUGUUCGUGUGUGGUACAAGCUGGACGAGCUAUUUGAGCAGGAGCGCAAUGUACGGACGGCCAUGACAAACCGGGCAGGGCUACUGGCCCUGAUGUUGCACCAAACGAUCCAGCAUGACCCACUCACUACCGACCUGCGCUCCAGUGCCGACCGCUGAUCCUCACCAGCCCAGAGCCCCUCACACCCUGCAUUCCAGUCGGGGGAGUGGCCCCAGUCCCCGUCUUGUUCCUUCUUUCCCUGUGCUCACCUUUUGACUGCCUAUUUGCUCUAUAAAAGGUUCUCAGAAUUUUCCUCAGUGUCUGUCCCCGUUUCUCCAUUCUCUGUGCCUGGGUGGGACUGUGACGUCUACUGACCCUUGCCUUCCCGCUGCCCUGAGUUUUGUUAAUAAAAUUUUGAAGAACUGA